AUGAACAUCGACCAACUAAUUACCAUCAUCAAACAACACCAAAUCGACGCUGUCCACCCCGGCUACGGCUUUCUCUCCGAAUCCGCCGUCUUCAGCAAAAGAGUAUGGGAAGAAGCCGGGGCCAUUGUCGUAGGACCUGGAUGGGGUAUCCUGAGUAGCACGGGUGAUAAACUGAAAGCCAGACAACUCGCUGAAGAAUGCAAUAUCCCCCUCACCCCCGCCCUCGCCCACCCCACCACCGACCUCCCCACCAUCGCCGCCUUCGCCACACGCGUCGGUUACCCCAUUAUGCUCAAAGCCGUCGACGGUGGUGGCGGCCGAGGAAUCCGUCUCGUACACUCACCCACGCAGCUCGCCGCCUCCCUCCCCCGCGCCAUUGAAGAGAGCCCCUCGAAAAGCGUUUUCGCUGAAAAAGCAGCAGUUGGCGGCUUCCGCCAUAUCGAAAUCCAAAUCAUUGGGGAUGGCACUGGGAAUGUGACGCACCUGUGGGAGCGCGAAUGUAGUAUCCAGCGGGGCUACGCUGUCGACAUGCGGACUCCCAUCUUCAAUCCUGGAUCCGGAGGUUCCUCCAUCGCUGCAUUCGAUCCAGUUGCGUAUCCACGGCCCGAGGAACGUACAGAGCGGAUUGGUCGCUGUCUAUUGGAAAGAUUACGGCAUUCAGGUUUCCCAGGUGGAAAUGGGGUGAGGGUUGAUACGCAUCUUGCGGGGCGGGGAGGCCCGGCUGUUGUGUCUGCGGAUUUCGAUAGUUUGCUGGCUAAGGUUGUUGUGACGGCUUCGUCGUGGGGGGAUGUGGUGAGGAAGACGAUGAGGGCGUUGGACGAUACGCACAUUACUGGUGUGAAGACUAACAUCAGUAUUUUGAAGGCUGUGGUUGCGCAUCCAGAUUUCUUGAAUGGAGAGUGCGAUACGCAGUGGCUAGAGAGUAGACAAGAAGAGUUGCUGGGGAAAAGUCAGGGGUUCGAGGUAUCUCAUUCUAAUGGUCUUGAGGAAGAUGGAAAGACCUCAACGCAGAUGUCUGUUGGUGCGGCGACAAAUACGCUGUUCAGAAAAGGCGAUGCUUGGUCACUGACACUCUCUCCGCCGAGUUUGAAAGAAGCAGAUCAACCGCCUCCGCACCAUCUCGAGAUAACGCGUAUACACCGCAACGACUUCCCCACUUCGCUGGCCGCAGAUGUCGUAUUCACCACACCCUCCACAGCAACUACAAAGCCUCAAUCAACAUCCUACACCAUGGCCCUCGCUUCAACAACUUCUAGUGCUUCAGCCACAAUGUCACAACACAGACGCGGCAAUCCAUACGAUCCAUCGCACAUCAGUAUCCCCUUUCCGGGAAAACUAGUUGAGGUGCUAGUUGACGAGGGAGAUGUAGUAAAAGAGGGCGACGUAAUCUGCGUAGUACAGCAAAUGAAGAUGGAACUCGAAGUACGAAGCACAAGAAGCGGCCUCGUAACCUGGGUCACAGACGCAGAAGACGGUUCCAAUAUCAACGAAGGCACACUAGCAGCCAUUAUAGAAAACGAAAAGGGCGCUCGACUCUAG